UUCCUCCUGUGGGCUUGCAUCAUGGAAGCUAGCAGUAAAUCCAGCAGUCAACAGAUUCUGUGGAAAGAUGUUGAGUUGGGAAAAGAGAAGAAGGCCAAGUACCACACCUACCAGCGAGUGGCUUUGGUUCUGGCUCUGGUCUUCCUCGUCUUGGCGCUUUGUGUUUUCAGCCUGAGAUAUCUGUGGAGCCCCAGUCUGGGGAAGGUGUAUGACCAUCAGUACAAAGCUGUGGUGGAUGGCGUGGAGACAGACAGUAUAAUGGAGAUUGACCCUGGUCGGCACAUUGAGAUCUUCAUAAUGGGUAAUGGGAGUGAAGAGGUACUUGAGGUGCACGACUUCAAAAAUGGAAUCACUGGUAUCCGGUUUGCCGAACAUCAGAGGUGCUACAUCAGGACCCAAACUAGGACCCUACCUACAGUGGCAGAGGUGGAGGCUGAGGACAGAGAGUUACUGCAGGUGGAUGAGACCGAGGCCAUGGAUAUGAAGGUGGACGACUCCCAAGUGUGGGUUCCUGCUGAGGAGCCCAUCGUUAACCCAGCAUUCCUCUUCGACUCCAAGAUCUGGGAGAUUUGCCAGGAGCUGCCCAUCCACUGGAUCCAUCCCUCCCCCCUGAGUGACUCUGACCUUCACGAGGAAGAAAACGUGGACGCACCCGACGCAGAGGUCAUAGGUCAGCGUUUCACUCGCGACGUCCUGGACCACGCUCCCGUAAACGACUAUAGAGAAAUCGGCAUCGAGCUGGAUAACCGUCUGGAUGACCACGGCUACUGCUGCCAGCACUGUCGCCGUGGUUACCGCUACUGCCGGCGCUACCACGAGCCCCUGGGUGGUUUCAACCCAUGGCCAUACUAUUACCAAGGAGGUCGGGUCAUCUGUCAGGUUGUCAUGCCCUGCAACUGGUGGAUCGCCCGUAUGCUGGGGAGGAUCUGAGGAGGGUCGGUGCCGUCUGGGGGUUAAACUGUUCAUGUCGUCAUAGGUGCAAAUUCCCCUCUGACAAAUUAUCCAGAUCACUUGUCAGAGCAUAACAGCCCAUUGCACAAAAUUAUUAUCCAAUAUAAAAGUAAAAUGGCAUUGGGGGCAUUUUGAUUCUUUCUUAAAAGGCAUCAGUCAUUUACAGCUGUCUAGUUUUCUUUGUUCAUCUACAAAUUUGUUAUUCCUGCAAUUUGAUCCUGUGCAAUGGAUUCAAUUUAAUUUGGAAGGUGUCACCUACAUCAAAUCUUUUCUAUAACAUACAUCAGCA